AACACCAAUGGACAUCAUCUUAGGACAAUCCAUGUUUCUCCUCUUCUGUUUUAUCAUAUCAUGUUUUCUUUUCUUCACCACCGCAAGAUCCCGACGGAGCCCUAGUCAAGUAUCCAAAUCACCUCCCGGACCUCCACGGUUACCCAUAAUCGGAAACAUUCAUCUAGUCGGAAAGAACCCUCACCACUCGUUCACGAACCUCUCAAAAACAUAUGGACCAGUCAUGAGUCUUAAGUUUGGUUCUUUAAACACUGUGGUCAUAGCUUCACGAGAUGCUGCGAGAGAAGUCCUAAGAACACACGACCUAGUCUUGUCUGGACGGUACGUAAAUCAAGCGAUACGAUCCUUCAACCAUCAUGAAUUUUCCGUUGGCUGGCUUCAUUCGUCGUCUCCUCGUUUCAGAAUGUUGAGGAGAUUAUUGGCUACACAUCUGUUCUCACCGCAGCGAAUCGAGGCUACCAAAGCUCUGAGGAUGAAGAAGGUGCAAGAACUUAUCAACUUCGUGAGUAUAAGUUGCGAGCGAGAAGAAGCUGUUGAUAUUUCUCGUGCAUCCUUCAUCACAUCUCUCAAUAUCAUUUCGAAUAUUUUGUUUUCAGUCAAUCUCGGUAGUUACGAUCCGAGAAAUCCCAGUUCGUUUCAGGAGAUGGUGUUUGGUUACAUGGUAGCUAACGGAAACCCAGACCUUGCUGACUUCUUCCCAUUUAUGAGGUUUCUUGACUUGCAAGGUAACAGUAAGAAGAUGAAGGGCUACUCAGAGAGCUUGUUUAAGGUUUUUAGAGGGCUUUACGAUGCUAGGAUUGUGGAAAACUCAUCGCGUACAGACGAGAAAGAUGUUGAGAGCAGAGACUUCUUGGAUGAGCUUAUCGAUCUACAACAAGGAGACGAACCUGAAAUCAACAUUGACGAGAUCCAACACCUACUUCUUGAUCUGUUUGUAGCGGGGACAGAUACAAACUCUAGUACCGUGGAAUGGGCAAUGGCAGAGAUACUUCGAAACCCGAAAACGAUGACAAAAGUUCAAGACGAGAUCAAUCAUGUGAUAGGGGAAAACGGAGAGUUUCAAGAGUCUAAUAUCUCAAAAAUGCCAUAUUUACAAGCGGUCAUUAAAGAAACAUUCCGAUUACACCCGGCUGCUCCAUUUCUCCUCCCAAGAAAAGCCGAUACCAAUGUAGAGAUUCUUGGAUUAUCUAUCCUUAAAGACUCUCAGGUUUUUGUGAACGUUUGGGCCAUAGGAAGAGACCCGAAUCUGUGGGAAAAUCCGACUCAGUUUGAGCCGGAGAGGUUUAUAGGGAAAGAGAUUGAUGUAAAAGGUACUGAUUAUGAGCUUACACCGUUUGGGGCAGGGCGUAGGAUUUGUCCGGGACUAUCUUUGGCUUCGAAAAUAGUGCCUCUCAUGCUUGGUUCUCUGCUUUGUGCUUUUGAGUGGAAGCUUCCAAACGGUAGUGGUUCUGAGGAUUUGGACAUGGAAGAGAGCUUUGGUAUCACAGUGCACAAGACCAACCCUUUACUUGCCGUGCCUCUGAAGAAACUCCCCAUAAAUUAAGGGUAUACUUAGUGUUUUGUUAAAUUUGAAUACAAUAAAUUCACAAACAUAUGAAUAAUCACCUAUGUUCAUGAAUCUGUAUUGAAGAUGUUUUUAUAGAUGGAUAUGGAAUGAGUGUGGAACAUGUUGUACCU